AUGUAUUUGUUGAAACACAUCCUUUUCUUUUCUGUGAGUGUAGGAUUUGCAAAAUGUUCCAUGCACAUUGCACUGUUUCAUCGCCAUCGUGAAAAAUAUUUAUCCAAUAGCGUUAUUCAUACAGUGCUGGCAAACACCGAGACUGAAUGUGCCAUUUAUUGCUCAAGAGAUAAAGAGUGCGUCUCGGUAAACUACAAAGCUACGGGAAAAGAUCGUGGUUUAUGCGAACUUAAUAAUAAAACGCUGUCCGGGCCAGCCACUAAUGUUAACAGGAAAGAAUUCAACAACCUUGAAAUUCUACAAAAGGUAAUUAUGAAUAACAUAGCCUAAAAAUUGCUUUUCUUUGUUAUAAAUUUCUUGACUAGGUCCGGUCAUGGCUUUCUUGCGUGCUUGAUGUGCUUUAUUUUCCCGAGCCGCGUGUGUUUGACAAAAUGUUGCAAAGUUUCAUUGAACUAUUAGGGUUAGUAUUAGCGCAUGGAUUAGGAUUACGAUUAUUUUCUGAAAUAAUUCCUAAUAAAUGAAUUUGUUUCUAAGUUGGUAUGUGCAUGCAGUCAACCUGAACAAGAGACUGGGUUGUUUGUUUGUUUGUUUGUUUGUUUGUUUGUUUGUUUGUUUAGUAGUAUAGAACUUUUAUUGAAAUUUUAUGUUUUCGUAGUCUAAUUUUCUAGUUGUUAUUUAUGAGCGAGGUUUUCUUUGUUGGGACUUAAUUCGAAUCCGUUCGCCGAUCCCAUAUCUAACUCGCCUUUGUUAAGUUGUAAUGACUUUUGUUUCGUUCUCACAUAUAGUAUCGUAAAUUUCCUAGCGAGUUUGAUUAAAGCUUCUUAACUAUUUAUUUAUUUAUACAUUUAGUUAUUGAGUGAGAAUUCAUAAUAUGGUAAAUUAUACGUAGCAAUUGCGAGCGACUUUAAGUUUCGGUUUUGUUUGUUGUCGGGUUUUUUUUGUGUUUUUUUUUUUGGGGGGGGGUCAAAUAUUUAUAUAGCAGCUUUCUGGCAUUUUAAGUGGCUGCAACGUUUUUAGGAUAUAGGUUGCAACUGAAAACAACACGAGCUUCUUAUUUAUUUAUACAUUUAAUUAUUGAGUGAGAAUUCAAAAUAUCGUAAAUUAUAAGUAGCAAUUGCGAGCAACUUUAGGUUUCGGUGUUGGGUUUUUUUUUGGGGGGGGGUUCAAAUAUUUAUAUAGCAGCUUUCUGGCAUUUUAAGUGCUGCAACGUUUUUAGGAUAUAGGUUGCAAGCAAGCAAGUGAUUAUAAAUUUUAUUCAAAACGGUGAAAGCAAGUGAUUAUAUAUUUUAUUCAAAACGGACGCGCUUGUUAUAAACAAUGAAUAAAUAAUGAAUGCAUGCGGCUUUGAAGAACUUUUAAUGGAACAAGACGCUCUACGGAGCGUUAACUCGCUGGGGUUAUACUAGACUUGGUUGAAGGUUCUCUCUUAUAUUUUCGCACCUUUUUUGACCGCUCGCGUGCAUCGCUAUUUUCAACCCCUUGGCCUUGAGAGACGAACUUGAACCAACUCUAGGGCUAUGCAAAUACGCAUAUUACUGUACAUGAUACAUACAGUACACAGCUAUUUCAAUUAAGAUUUAAAGUUUUCCCCGAGCUAAGCGGAAAAGUCGAAUACCGGCGCGAAAGGCUUAAUAACACAGUAUUAAAAUGCGGUAGGCCCUACAAGUAAAGUUAUUUUUAGUACGCUGCAUUCUAUUUCUUCAAGACCUCGUUCAAGACUGUCAGCCGCCAGUUGGUCCGUACGCUAGGAUUAAACUGCGCUUUAAAACGUUCAAAAUAAAAUUUUUUGAGCUCAAAAUACUAUCAAAAUGAAGAGAGAAGUGAGACGAAUCCACUGGCAUACGGCCGAAAAAGAGAAAACCAAUGAUACCAAAGUUAUCAAGGAUCAAACGUACUUAAUUUUUUUAUAAUUAGUUUAAUAAUUUUGAGCGAUUUAUCAACAACACAAUUUCGCUUGAUUUUCAAAGGCCAUAAAUCGCUAGAAUACUGUUGUUUAGUAAUACAUUUGAUAUCCGUAAUUAGUACAAUUUCUAACGCUGAAUCGAACGGUGGUAUUUUUAUCCUUAUUGCGCCAUUAGGCAUUACAAAUACAAGGACAAACGUAGCGCAAGUGAUUUCUCAACAAUAGUAUACGUACUGCGAGCGAUUAGUGAACAAUACAAUUUCGCUUGAUUUUCAAAGGCCAUAAAUCGCUAGAAUACUGGUGUUUUGUAAUACACUUGACAUCCAUAAGUACAAUUUCUUACACUGAAUCGAACGGUGUCGCUUUCUUCUCAAAAUAUAUUAAAUUAAUUAAAGCAGCGCAGCCAAACGUAUAAACUUGCGACGAGACUUGCGAUUUGCGAAGGUUGUUGUUUCCGUGCGAAAUUCCUUGUAAAAUUGUUCAAUUUUCCCGAAUUUUCCUCAAAAUGCAGGGUUAUUUAUGGAUAAUUUGGGUAAAAUUGGCAGGAGCCUUAUGGAUAAUUGGGGGGAAAAUUAGGCAGCUCAUUAAUAUUCUAUUUUGUGGCUAUCGAAGAAAAUUGGAGAUUCACUAUUGGAGAUUGCCGAUCCACUAAAAAUGAAUGCCGAAACCUAUACUGGUCUGGGGCACAGGUGCCCCAGCGAGUAAUUAGGGUUUUAAGAAUAGCAACCUUGUAAAUUUGAUGGACUUAGAAGAAAUGUCUACUCUCCCGAAAGGGUGGUGCAGUGGGAAGUAAAACCUUUUACAGAAGACAAACUAUACACUAAUUAUUUGCGUUAAUUAUAGCAAAGUCUAUAGUUAUUAUUAGUAUACUGUAGGUAAUCGCAUGGGGCCGAGUAAAAUUAAGGUUUAAUAAUUAAUUUUGAAAGCACAAGUGAAAUUAAAUCUUAAUUAUACGAGGAAAUAUCUGUUAUUCAUAGAGGGCAAAAUGUAUUCGCAACUAAAUUAAUUGUGAACUUGUCAAGUUUUUGAACCUCGUAUGUCUCCAUGUCUUCGUCGAUCAGUAAUGCAGCCCAUUUCUUAAAUAGUCCAACCCAUGAAUUUGUACUUUUCUAGUGGUCGAGAUUUCACUAGAAGUUUUUAAUUCUUCAAUAAUGUCCUUGUCCCCAACGACAAAGUGAGAAGCCAUUGCUUUUUAUUUCUAUUUAAUUAAAACAAGAAACAUCUUGCGCUUGCAUCUCAGCCAAUCAGGUACAAGUAAUUUUGCCCUGAAUUGAGAAAAAUUAAUGCCCUUAUCAUUAGCCAAUCAUAUUUGACUAAUUUUGCUCUACAGUGUGUCCCAAAAAAAAGUGACAAUAUAGAAAUUAUCCUAUCGUUAUAAUUUGAAUGCCCUAGCAUUAAGUUGAUCCCACAGGUGCAUAAAUUUCUGCUUCUGGAAUUUAAAAUAAAAAAACAAACCGUUUAUUAGUGUAAUCGUUUUGCUUGACUCCGGCGUUAAAAUAUUUGGACAAAGCGAAAACGUUUUAAAAUGCUUAAAUGUAAAUACAAGUUCAUUAAAUUCCCAGGCGUGUAAUCACGCGCGUUUAAGAGCGGCUUAAGAACAAUGAAAUUUCUAUAGUGUCACUUUUUUGGGGGACACCCUGUAUAUAUGAUUAGUUAAGUAAUCAAGGUCUGGUGUUCGUAACUAAUUAGCAUUUUCUUUAAUACUCAUUUGCACGGAGUUUACUGUAGGUGGUGCAUGCAUGUGACCUAAUUCCUGCAAUUUGAUUGGGUGCAAAUCAUUAAUUAUUAAUGAAUUUCACAAUAUAAGUUAUCAAAAUACCCUUGCUAUGAUUAUAUGGCGUACAAUUUCCGCCGACAUUCAAGUUUGGACAUUAAGCAUUCGCAUUUUUGACAUUAAGUUAAAGUUUGAAAUUUCAGCGUUGAAUUUUCAACACUAGAUAUUGCAUUUAGAACUUUAAUUUUAACAUUUACGUUCCGUUUUCAACCCUUUCACUUGAAUUUUGGCGGAUAUGUGCAGGCGUACAAUUUCCGCCAUAAUUCAUGAUUAUAAUUUCGACGGCACACAACUUUGCAACCUCAACAUGAAAAUCUCGUUUCCAACAUGGAGGUUGCCAUUCUUAAUAAUAUACAUUGUAUUUUAAACGUAAAAACGAGCUUUUACACUGUGUAUUUAUUGCCACAAAGGAAUGUCUUUGGAAAACUUAACACUUGCUCCUUAUUUCAGUCCUCUAGUAAGAAACUCACACCGCCAAAGUCUUGCAAAGAUAUUCUGACAAAGUCACCUGAGGCUGCGAGUGGACUUUAUGAUAUCUCUAUCGACAACAAGAUGGUGACAGUAUACUGUGAAAUGGUCCUUCAUGGUGGAGGCUUCACCUUUAUCCCCAAGCCAGCUGUGAGGAAUGGAACCCUACCUAACCUUGUAACACAACUUUUCACAAACCACAAUGAAGUUAUUCUUUACAUUCAAAACAAAGAUGGAAGUCAGACAUACACUCUGAUUGAACAACUGGAACAGAAAUCGCAUAUUCCUUUGGUUAUUUUACAGAAUACUUACACAGGUAUAUAUAAUGACAUUAUGAUUCUUCGGAACUUCAACAGCAAAAGUUGACCCGAGCGGGAUUUGAACUCGCACCUUUGUGGCUCUGCCGCUGGUUACACAGGUAUAUAUAAUGACAUUAUGAUUAUAUAUAAUGACAUUAUGAUUCUUCGGAAAAUCAACAGCAAAAGUUGACCCGAGCGGGAUUUGAACUCCCAACUUCGUGGCUCUGCCGCUGGUGAGAUCGCUGGUUGGGAUCGCUUUAUAUUCGUUGCGUGCGUUUGAUAUUCUGUUAGUUUGUUAGUCUUUUAAUUUGUUCGCAAUCAUAAACCUUGGUAUUUAUUCAAAAACAGUGUCUUCGACUCAGCGUUUGUGAUGCACUUGGUACCGCCCCCCCCCCCCCAGUUUUUUGGGCAGUCGGGCAAUAUUCGAUUAACAGUCGGGCAAUUUUGGUUUGUUAUAAAAAUAAAUCGGACAAAUUCUGUCAAUUUUUUCGAAAAUUUAGUCAAUUUUGUGGCCAAUGUAGUGUUUUUUUGAAAAUUUAUGUGAUGCUCCCAAAAAUUUUGGUAUGUUCGGAAAAAUUUUUUAACCCCUUAAAUGGUACACUGACCGAAAUUGUUUUGGCGCCGGGGGGGGGGAGGUGGCCAAAAUAAUUUUUCCGGGAAAAAUUUUUUGUACUAGUCGGGCACAAUCACGAAAAGUCGGGCAAUUUUACGAAAAGUCGGGCAAUUUUCUUUCCGCCCCCCUAAUUUUUUCCUUCCGGUACGCCCAUGGGCUCAUGCUCCAGGGAACCGUACUAUUUACUAUGUCUUGUUUCUUUUCUUCAUGUUCGCUUUCUGUAUGUCCUCCCAUGGAUAUAGUGUUUAAUUAAGCUAGUAUAGUCGCUAAAAUAUUUCGUAGUCGCUAUAGUAGUUUAUAAUGUAUAAAACUCACACCCAUAUCAGCUCCCAUUAACUUGACCAUAGGUCAAUUAGCCAUUUCCCAAUCGAGCAAAGGACAAGGAGGGACAACAAGUUAUAGUGGGCGAGCUAAAUAUAUAUUAAAAGAUGCCUUAUUAUAAUUGUUGCGUUUCAGGCUGCACAAAUAACUUUAGGAAUGUAGGAAAACUUCCUAGAUGCCAUAUUCGGCAUAUUGUUUAUUUUUUGUCCCUCCAAACAAGCGACUAGAACCAGUCCUCUGCUCGAUUGGGAAAUGGCUAAUAGGCAGACCGGCGGACCGGAGUCUCAUACUGUAAGUGCGAGUUCGUCUCACCCGGUUCACCUAUUACAGUUCACUUUCUCAUGCGUACGAAAUCAUGUAGAUUUUCUCUUAAUGGUUAUCAUGCAGGUUCUAACGAUUAAAUUAUUAAUAUCAAUAUGAUUAUGAUUACGAGGGUAAGCAGGUGUUCCUUGUCUAUUACAUGCACCGUAGCACGUAAGUCGUCAUUUCCAGGUCAGCGUAAACGUCUAAGCAGGCGUUUUGUUUAAUUUUAUUCCGCGAUGCACACUCUAUAAUUAUAAUCACUUGAUAUAUAACGAUCAUAGGCGUACGAGACAGGAGGGAAAAAAAACAACUUGAAAGCAUGGAAAUUUGGACAAAUGCUAGAAAAAGCAAGAAAAUUCGGGCAGAUUUACCAGAAUAUAUGUUAAAUUCAGGUUAUUUCAUUACAAUCCCCCAUAAAAAUUCGGCCAAACUUUCAACUGCUCCCCAGGAAGCAUCAUGCAGCCCCGUACGUCUAUGAUAAUGAUAGAAAUAGCUUUAAAAUAUAAGCCAUGCUUAUAGUCUAUUAAUAUAUGGGUCUCGAAACUCUAAACAGAAGUAAUUGUACAAUAUUUUUGUGUGAGUUUAUGUUAAUUGUCAUAAUUGGUGCACAGUAUAUCACGGUGAUUGAGCUCAUUGUGUUUUCGAAUAAUGAGUAAAAUCGUCCAACACGGUUUACUGAGUCAAAAAUAUGAAAUCGCGAUGAAUAUUAUUUCACUAUAGAAAUACAUGCAUGAAGCAACCCCUCGCCUAUAUUUCCAAACAUUCAUUUAGCCAUUUUUAUUUUUAUAUAUUUUUUUUAGAAAAUAGCAAAAUAAUUGAAAAAUUAGCACAGACUUUUAAUUAACAUUAAAUUUCCGAAAUGUAUACGGUAACAUUUUGAUAUUUAGCAUUUUGUGAGUUUUUAUUUAAAGUAAAAUUUAAUCUGAAAUGUAAAAAUUGUAAAAUAUUUUGAAACGUUCAUUCAACUAACUGCUUUCGCCGAUAAACUGUUUUGAAUUAACUUAAUAAAACAAAAUAAGUUCGAAUUAUUGAAAUUGCUUGAGGAUGAAGUUGUGGCAUGUGCACAGUGAGGUACAGUUCAACGUGCAAAAGCCUUCUAUUUUGUGGCUAAUUAAAGUUUGCUGGGCUUCCAGAUCCCCAUAUCUUGGCAGACGAUGAAUAAGCUAAUAACAGAAUGUCAAAAAUUAAGGGUCAAUUUUUAAUUUUAUGUAUAUAGGUUUGGGAGUAUAGGUAAAUAAUAACAAAGUACUUGUAAAUUUGGAGUUGCUUUUAUGUCAAGAAACGUAAUUUUUUGCAGGGCAUUCGAGUAUCUACGAAAAACCAAAAAAUUCCGACAUGCUGGAUUAUCUUUACCUGAGCACAUCAAUCAACAUUGGUGGAUUUAUAUCAAACAAUGUUGAAGUGAAAUAUGCUAAUAGUGGCGUGUAUCCGACUAGAAGUUACUUUGCCUUCUUUCCAAAUCAUCGUGGACAGGCUGUGAGUACGUAUCAUAGCCAAAACCUGGAUUUUGAAACAGUUGGUGUCUCAAUAGACUGGAGAAACACUGGAAUAAUCUCAGGAGAGAAUUUGCCAAAUAAUUUCUUCUUCUUAACAGAAGUGCACUAUGGUGGUAGUGGUUGCUAUACAACCAGUGAUCGUUGGGUGGAGGCAAAAGGAACUGCAAUUGGACUGCGUUGAAUUUCAUUUUUAAACUUAUAAAGUUGUUUGUGGGACAUGUUGAACUCCGUUGGGAAUUGAAAGAAACUUGCUGAGCUAACCGCCUCGCAUGGCGGCUAGUUCAGCAUGUUCUCUUGUGUGCGGAUAGUUUUCGUGCAGAGGAUUUAACCUCUCGGGGCCUAUCAAGGCCUAUAAAUAUCUAUCGAUUGCUGAC